AUGUCGGUUGUUUGGUACUCUUCCUACCUCGUUGGAUGUGGAAUUGCCUACUGUCCCAAUCAAGCAGUUCUCAAAUACUACUAUGUUUGCCAAUAUUGUCCUACUGGUAAUUGGGUUAACAGACUAUAUGUCCCUUAUGAACAAGGAGCACCUUGCGCCAGUUGCCCAAAUAACUGUGACGAUGGACUAUGCACCAAUGGUUGCAAGUAUGAAGAUCUCUAUAGUAACUGUGAAAAUUUGAAGCGCACAUAUUCCUGUCAAUAUCCGUUUGUCAGGGACAGUUGCAAGGCCUCCUGCAAUUGUUCAAACAGCAUUUAUUAAAUUCACAUUACACACCGAGUAGUGUUAUGUAGAGAGGAGUCAGAUUAUCUACUUAGAUUCGACAUCUACUUAGAUUUAGCAUAUACUAGCUGAGAAAUUGUAGGCAUGUUUGAUACACAUUUGAUUCCAAAUCUUUUUCUUCUGGAUCUGCUUUUUAUUUUACAAAAAUCUUUUUCAUACAAAUGGUUUAAAAGUAACAAAAUCUAUAACAACAACUUUGGAUUUUUAUAUAUAAACUUUGUGAUUUAAAUUUACUGAAUUUAAUUAGGGUGAAAAUUUUGAAAGUGGUAUUCUCACAUGACUAAGUUCAGUAAAACCCUGGAUUGAAAGUGAGAAUUAUGUUCCUAGAACAAAAUGUACAAAAAGAAUAAUAUAAUUUUCACAUGAGUCCUUGGCUGUAGUUGCCUUUCCUAGCUCCACUCUAAGGCUAAGCAUCUUCAAAGACGUGCUCCCAUAUGCUGUCUUAAUUCCUUUCACUCAUUCACCCUUCUUUAGAAUCAUCUGACUGGCAUCCUCACAACUGAGUUGAAGCUGUUCCUCCUAAAACAACCCUGACUUUUAUUUUGCCAAAAUCAGUAUAAUCCUUUGUUUAUCUGCAUAAAUUUUACAGUAGAAUAUGAUCACACCUUCAUUUUUAAACCCCUCUUCUCUUUGACAAACUUUCCUUAAAAAAGAAUCCAAGAUAAUACAGGUAAAUACCCUCCACUCAAGGAGGUAGCACUCAGUCCCCCACCUUGUGAGUCUUCACUAAAAUUAGUGACUCAUUUCCAAAGAGUGGAAUAUGGAAAGGGAAACAUAGUAACUUUACAGGGGAGAAAAAUGACAAAUGCCUUCUUCACCAAGUGAUCAACAUUAACGUCACCAGUGAUAAGUCAUGUGGAUUUGUUCUAUGUAAUCUUUCUAAAAAUUCGUAAUCCCAAUCUAAUUAUGAGCUAAAACAUACAGCAAAUUGAAGCUGAAGGACAUUCUGCAAAAUAUCCCUGGGGUAUUUUAGAGUAUUCCUCAAAACUGUAAAAAUCAUGGAAAAUAAGAAAAUCCUGAGAAACAAUCACAGACCACAUGAGACUAAGGAGACAUGAGAGCCAAAUGCAGUGUGCUUUCUUGGAUCAGAUCCUGGAAAAGAAAAAGAUCAGUAAUGAAAAGCUGAUGAAGUCUGAAUAGAAUCUGGAGUAUUUUUAACAGUAGUGUUGAUUUCUUAAUCUUGAUAAAUAUAGCAGGGUAAUGUAAGAUGAUAACAUUAGAGAAACUGAAACUGGGUGAGGGCUAUCUGGGAAUUCUCUGUACUAUCUUACCAAAUUUUCAGUAAAUCUAAGAAAACAAUGAAAAAUAAAAAGUAUUUUGAAAAUAAAUACAAGAAUUUUUUUCUUGACUCUAUGACACAUCAUAGCUUUUCUUCAGAUUAUCUACUUAUUCUUUCCUAGAAUUUUACUCUUAACCUUCAGUUCCUUUAUCCCAGUGCUAUAUAUUUGAUUUUGUCCUUUCAGGUAAUAUCAAUGAUUAGGUUGUCAUAUCAGAUGGACUUGUUUACUCAGUAUCAAACUUCAGUAAAAAUUUCAAGGAUCUAAGUAGUCAUGACGCAAAGGAAAACAGGAAGGUGCAGGACCACCAAGGCAGCCCCUAGAUGAUAUUUUUGGCUGCAUCUCUUAAUCUCUUAAGCAAUAAAUUUCCUAAUUAAUCUCCAUUCAAAACCUUUCAAUAGGCUUCAGAAGUAAUUAGUAUAAUAUUCAUGAUCUUAAACUGAUCUGCAAGAAGCUGAAUAAUCUUUUUUAUAUUUGCCUCUCCGAUCUCACUUCAUUCCACCCUCCCUCAUUUCCUCUGCUCCAGUCGGAUGAGCCCAUUACAUUACCUCAAAUUCCUCAAGAUCAUUUUUACCUUAUGGUGUUUGUGUUUGCUAUUGCUCUGUUCGGAAGAAUGAUCACUGUAUUAUUUGCUAGAAUUGCUACUUCACAUUAAACAUCAUUUCAUCAACAGAUUAUUUUGAGCAUAUAAUCUAGAGAAACUCCCACCAUUUUCUCUCAGAGCUCCCUAUAUUUCUCCCCCUUUUUUUUUCAAAGCCAAAAGCUAUAUUUGUGAUAUUAUCUUCUCCUUGUUGUUCUUUUUCAUUAUACUUUAAGUUCUAGGGUACAUGUGCACAAUGUGCAGGCUUGUUACGUAUG